UCGGACAGGGGGCGGGGCGUCAGUUCAACCGCCAGUCGCCUCGGUGCUUCCCAACCGGAACCGUGGCCCCUUGGGUUUUCACUCAUGCUACAUAGAAAUGGCGGAGAAUAAUGUGACGGUGACUGUUGUUUACGGUUCUACGAAACACAGCAUCACGGUAACGGGGCUGGACGGGAACGAACCGAUACUGAAGGACCUUUCUGAUGCUCUCGUUCAGCUAACCGGGGUCCCGAUGCCCGCGCAGAAACUCAUCUUUAAAGGGAAGUCACUGAAGGAGAUGGAGGAGAGUCUGUCCAGCUUUGGAAUCAAACAGGGAUGUAAACUCAUGAUGAUUGGGAAGAGGAACAGCCCAGAGGAGGAGUCCGAGCUGAAGAAGUUGAAGGACAUUGAGAAGUCAGUAGAAGAGACUGCUAAGAAACUGGAGAAGGUGGAUGGAGAGCUGACAGGCCUGAAGAAUGGGUUCCUAGCUAAAGACCUGCAGGCCGAGGCGCUGGGGAGACUGGACCAAAGAGUGAAGGUGGCAUCUGAACAGUUCAUGAAGUUUCUAGAGCAGGUGGACUCUAUGACUUUACCAGACAACUUCGGUGACUGUCGGAUGAAGAAAAAGGGACUAGUAAAAAGAAUUCAGGGGUUCCUGGCUCAGUGUGAUAAGAUCGAAGCAGGGAUUUUAGACCACUUGGCUAAGAUCCAGUCGAAGAACCUGGCCCUGGUAGAUUCUUAGAUCUACUAGUUCACACAGUUCUACUGAAUGACCAUCUGGGAUCUCCUAUGUCCAUCUGUCUGCUGCUCCACAUCUCUCUACCUACCAGCCCUCUCUGCUGCGGUCCUGCCCUGGUCUCCACUGGGAUCGCUCUACCUACCAGCCCUCUCUGCUGUGGUCCUGCCCUGGUCUCCACUGGGUCACCAUCUGGGAUCUGGGGAAAUCCAUUUGAUUUCAAUUACGUUUUGACAGCAUCCCUUUCGAUUUGAACAAAACCUUCCAUACAUAUUGGCCCAUUGUAGAUAUGGUCAGAAAGGGGCUUUUGGGACCUGAAUGCCAAAACACUGAAGACAUAAAGGUGGUCAAAGUCGACCUAUUAUAAACCCUCUCUACCUAACCCUCUCUACCUAACCCUAACCCUCUCUACCUAACCCUAACCCUCUCUACCUAAC